AUGGCCGCGGACGACUCGUACACGGCAGCUGACGAGCGCGCCGUGCCGCCCGGAGGGCGGGCAUCCAGGCGAAGAAGGACGAACAGCCGGCGAACACGGCGCGGAGUUACGCGGCGAAGCAGCGGGAGUGGAAGGCGCGUCCCCGGCCGGUCCUCCACUUCGAUCCCUGCCUGGUGCCAUGCGCCUCGGGCUGCAGAAGACGGCGAGCUCUAUAGCUGGCCCGACGGCGAGCUCGUAACGCCGGACAAGCUGGCGGCGUGGCUCAAAGAGGAUAUCCUGUUACGACGCGUUGUGCCGCCGCAGAAGAAGCCGCGCGCGGGUAAGGUUAGGGGCAACGGCAACGGCGAGGCCGUACAGGUACGGCAACAGCGCGAACAGGAGCAGCUCGAGGCCACGGCCAUGGCAGAGGCCGAAAGCCUGGCCGAAGCUUUGGAGGUCCCCCUGGCCGAGGCCGCCGAGCUGCUCGCUGACGACCGCGAGGGCUACGUGCCAUCCACAGGCCUCGCGACGGCUGCAGUAGACCUUACCGAAGGCGACGGGAUCCAGGCCAGCUACCUCCCCGAUGAAUGGCUUCGGAUCCAGGAUCUCCUUCUCACUGGCGCCGCGUAUACGCCGCAAAACCUCCGUACGCGAGUCGACCUCCUCUUCGGCCACUACUACCUCUUACGGGGGGAGAACCGCCGCAAGAUGGAGCUUGCAGACCUAUCCCUACUCGACUAUCCGCCUUCGGAGGGCCCGACCCCCUGUAGUUGCCUGGUAAGCCUUUUACGGGACGGCAAGCUAAAUAAGACGGCGAGGAAGGAGUUUAUGGGCGCGCUCCGGCACAAGGACCCCUUAUUCUGUACGGGCCCUAGCACAGCUCUUCUUUGGCGCUGGCACGUCGCCGGCGAACCGCCCCGUCCUUCCGGCGCCGUCAGGACUGGUAUCGGAUCAAGGUCCUCGUCGGGCGGGACCGCGAGCAGGAGCUCGUACCCGACGCAGCUACAAGAGACCUGGCGUAUCUUCGGCGCUGCCGGCCUUAUCGCGUCGAAGAAGACGCACCUCCCGCGCAGGGUGGGCGCCCAGGACGCGGAGACCCAUGGCACGUCGCUCGCCCAGAUCUCGCAGGCCGGCCGCUGGAACCAGAGCGUGCUCUGCCAGGCAUAUCUUACGCACCUACCGCGGCAGUUCAUGCGUAUCGUCGCCGGCUUCUCGGCUUCCCCGGGGGACUACUUCCUCGCGCGUGCGGCUCACGAACCCCCGUACGUCUUACAACGGACUAUUCCUCACUUGGCUUUGAAGGACGGAUCGAGGACCAUCCAGAAUUCACCGUGCUCACGGACACUGCAACACAAGUUCGUGGCGUUUUAA